AUGGCGACCCAGCCUCACCCUUAUUGGCCGCGCUCCUUGGUGCUGCCGGGCUACGUCCCGCCCUCCCUCCCGGGCUGGCAGUGCGCAGGCGCCGUGGCGGCGGCGGCAGCGGCGCUGCUGGCUGCGGGCUGGGCGCUGGGCGGGGGAGGGUCCUCCGGCGGCGCUUGCGGCCGGGGCCUGGCUCACCGCCUGGCCCUGUGCUGGUUCCUGCUCUGCGCCGGCAUCCACGGGGUGCUGGAGGGGUGGUUCAGCCUCCGCCACCGCAGCCUGCCCGCCGCCACCGGGCUGCUGGCCGACGUCUGGAAGGAAUAUGCCAAAGCUGACAGCCGGUACCUGACGAGUGACCCUUUCACGGUGGCCAUGGAGUCAGUGACCGCCUGGGGCUGGGGUCCCCUCAGCUUCCUCACCUUCCUCUGCCUGAGGAGGGGGCAUCCAGCCCGCCACGUCCUCCAGCUCCUGGUGUCCCUAGGUCAGCUCUAUGGGGACAUCCUCUACUAUGCCACAGAGGGGCUGGGGGGGUGGUCCCACAGCGACCCCCACCCCUUUUAUUUCUGGGGGUACUUUGUGGGGCUCAAUGGGGUCUGGGUCCUGGUCCCCAGCAUCCUCCUGGUGGAUGCCUGCUGCAAGCUGGUCAGGGCCCAGCAGGCCUUGGAUAGGCCUAAACACAAGGGGCAGGACCGGAUUGGACCAGACGUGGUCCUGCGGCGCCACCUGGCGGCCGAAGGAGGUGAAGCAGCCAGCGAGCAUAGAAGGAACAAGUUGCCCCAGGCAGCUGCUGCCCAGGAGGGUCUCAUGGUGCAGGGGUUUGCAGAUGGCAACGUGGCGAUUCAAGGCAAGUUGCUGCGUUAUGCUGGCUGCUCGCUGCUUGUCUGCCCGGGGCUGGUCCCAUCCGGGCAGUGA